AUGAAAUAUGAAAGAUUUACUGAAUAGCUUAUCAACUUUAUUAGAAGAUUUCUAUUUCAUUCUGCUUUCGUAUUUAUUAUCCCUUUGCUUUUUAUUAAUGCAAUUGAAAUACAACAUAAUAGAUACUUAAAGGAUCAUAAUUAUUCGAAACUUAUUAGACAAAUUGAUCAAUUACCUAAUUAUUAAAGAGAAUCAAUUUCAGCAUAUCUAAAUAAUGAAUUCUUAAUACAAUAUAAAAUUUUAUUCUUGAUUCCAUUAUUAUUUAUUGCUAAAGAACUUUAAGAAAUAUACCAAAAAGAUUCUGAAGAAACAUAAUUAACAUAAAUUGGUCUAAGCAAUAAUACUUUCUCUCCUCCUCCUUUAAUAUUAUAACCUAAAGUUAUUUCAGAAUAUGUUCCUGAAAAAAAUGAAGAAAUUUUACAGAUUGAAAGUUUUUACAGAAAUUAAAAUCAAAUUGAUUAAAUAAAACAUAGUGAUGAAGUUAAAAAUAGUAAUAGUAAAUUAAACUAAACAGAUUUAAUAAAUAAAUUAUAGUUUGUAAUUUAUUAUAUUAUUUUAGACAAUAGAUAGCAAAUAAAAUAAAAUUUGUGUUUCUGAAUAUAGCAAUAAAUAAUUAGCUAGAGCUAGACAUUUAGGUAGAGUUUCCGAUUAGGAUAGUGAACUUCCUCAAUUUAAACCUGCCAGAACUCAAACUAUAAAAGACAUGUAAUUCACAUAACAUACACAAAUUACACAAAAUAAAAUUGAUAAUCAAAUUAAUACAAAAAUAAAUUCAAUCUUAAUUGAAAUUUCAAUUUAAAAAUUAAGUUUUGGUUACCUUGUUGGUGUUUAAGAUAGUUUUAAAAUUGCAAUCCUUAUUAUAGCCUUAUCAUCAUUAUAAGAAAUUAUUUUAUUUAGUGAUUGGAUGCUAUACAGUAAUCUUAUUCAUAUAUUAAAGUCAGUAAACCUUUGA